AUGUCUGACGUUGCGGAGACCAAGCCCGACCCCACCACCCAGGCUCCUGAGGCCGACAAGCCUGAGACCGCCACCACCGGUGAGGGCGAGAAGACCGUCACUGAGGCUGCCGCCUCUAAGGCCGCUGAGGUUGCCGAGACUGCCAAGGAUGCCGCCGUGAAGACUUCCGACACCGUUUUCUCCAUGUUCGGUGGUGGCCCCAAGAAGGAGGAGAAGCCCAAGGCGGACGAGGAGGAGAACGACCGCUCCGGCUCCGCCAAGGCCCAGAAGGAGGAGAAGGAGGAGGACGUUGAGGCCGACAAGGUCGUUUCCGAUGCCAGCUGGGUUAAGCAGGAGUUGAAGGAUGUGGUUGAGGUCAAGACCCACGAGGAGCUCGAAGAGCAGGUGUUCAAGAUGCGCGCCAAGCUCUUCAAGUUCGACCCCGAGAGCAAGGAGUGGAAGGAGCGUGGUACCGGUGACGUCCGUCUGCUCAAGCACAAGGAGAACCAGAAGACCCGCCUGGUCAUGCGCCGAGACAAGACCCUCAAGGUCUGCGCCAACCACUACAUCGUCCCCGAGAUGAAGUUGAGCCCCAACGUCGGCAGUGACCGCAGCUGGGUCUGGAACACUACCGCCGAUGUCUCCGAGGGCGAGCCCGAGAAGCAGACUCUUGCCAUCCGCUUUGCCAACAGCGAGAACGCGAACCUCUUCAAGGAUGCCUUUGAGAAGGCCCAGCAGGAGAACGAGAAGAUCUUCGGUGCUUCCGAGUAA